AUGGUCGAUGCAUUCACAAAACGCAUUUUGCACGAUAUCCAAGAAUGUCCAGCUACCCGCGCGUACUUCGCCAUGGCAUUGACGACGCUGCCGUGCAGAGCAAACUCUUUAGGCUGUCGUUUCAAGCACAGUCACUUCGAGAGCCAUUGGUCCUCUGUGCCCUCUCUUGUCUCGUUAGCAAGGCAUCACUGUGGUCGAACGACAGCUCGCCUUCUGAACUGGAAAAUGAGGGCAUUUAUAGAAUGCCACCGUUUCGACCAGUUAAACUAUCCGAUCCGCAGAACAUUCCAUCUACUCCUGUCCGCGCAUCUUCGCAACCAAGACCUCGAUGCAGCCAAAGGGGUCAUACGGAUGAUGGAGAACGCUGGGUUUCCUGUAGAUGCCUCUACGCACGCACUCAUUUCCACCGUCUAUCGAUCCCUUGGCCUAGACACUCAAGUUCACGCUCGAGCACUCGAUUCCCUACCCAGUAUCGACUCCCGGACUGCUACCCGUGUCCUCAACAACGAAUUAGGCGCGGCCCAGUAUAUCAAAUACUUCAGUCUGAUCGGGGUCGAUGUCUCGUCACCUUUUGGAAACAAUAUCACAGAGAUCCUAGCCAACAUAAUCCGUAUCACCCCAGAUGCUGCUACCUUCACCAUGCUGAUAGACUACUUGGCGAACAAACGCUGCUUCUCUCAGGUCCACAGCUUAUUACCCCGCCUGGUCGAAGCUGGCGUCAGGCCCGACUCUGGCAUUGUCGCUUCCCUCAUUCGUGCAUCCAUCCUCAACUGCCGUGAUGACUUGGCUGUGAGCUUGCUCAGCUCUAUGCUCCAUUCUAACGUUCUUGCACGUGCACUAUGCGAUCUUAUGGGUGUGAAAUCGGUUCCUCAGCCGCCUAUCGACGCAAGGGAUGUCCCUUUGGCAGUGCACCCAUGGAGCUCCGUGGUCCUUAGUGGAGCGAGGUUUAUCUUCCGUGUCAUGCGUGCCAGGGGCAUCAUGCCAAGCCCAACCACUAUCGAGAUAUUCCUCGAUUGCCUGGAUCGCACGGAGCAUGCUACACCCCGCCAACUCAUCCGAAGUCCUCCGUAUGGACUAACGCUUCGGCAUCUCCAUAUCAUCCUACGAAGCAUCUUGCGGCGGGAAAAGUACCUUUUUCAUGGGAGUGGCUGGAACUCUACUGCUUCCAAGUUCUCUCCGAUACGGGAAGGCACAUCCGCUCUUCCACAGGGCCGUAUCCUUCUUGACAGUCAUACUUUCAAUAUCGAUAGGGGUGCUAACUCAUGCCGGCAAUUCACGUACGACUCCUGGCUGCGGCCCAUUGUCAUUUCACUUUCCCGUAGGAGGGUCAGAGGUGAUCGGGCUACGAUCGCGAUGCGCCUCAGGCACGAGAGUAUGCUGGAUCCUAGUCUCGAUACUGCUAGAGAUGUUCUCCGACACAUGGUCGACCAGGGAAUGCAUCCGAACCAGUACCACUAUGCUGCUCUCAUGGACGGAUACGCCAAAGGUGGGAACAUACGAGUCGCGGAGCAGAUCAUGCGGGCCGCCAAGGACGCAGGCUUCAAACCAGAGGUGGUCAUGUACACAGUACUUAUUGCUGGUUACGGCCGGCAAGGUAAGCCCGAGCUAGCUAUGGGGGCGUUCCGUCGCAUGAUAUCUGCCGGUAUUGCGCCUGACGUCCCGGCGAUCGAUGCCCUGGCGCAUGCCUACUUUGCUGUCGGAGCUUACAAGGUCGCGAGGCGCGUUCUCUUGCAAUUAUGGACUGCAGCCUUUCGCACGGAUCGUGGAGAUCGAGGGGCUCAAAGACAGUCUCUAACUAAGCACCAACAGAGGCUACUCAAUUGCAAAAUCCGAGGAUUUCAGCGAGAGUGGAGGCAGCUGGAAUUACUGCGGGGGCCACAGUCUCUUUCCCGCCGUUUGAAUGGAUGUCGGGAGUGGCUACUCGACCAUUCAUGUUACAACUUAGUGAAACACCGCACGUGA